UGAUUUUGCAUUUCCGGGUUUGCACCCAUGGCUGUCAAUCACGGCAGCUCUCCUCCCUGUCAGCUCGGGCACACUGCUCUGGAUGCACAGCACAGCCAUCCAGAGCAGUGUGAUUACAGUGAAGCACACAGACACAGCCCCCUAGUAAAACACUCCCUGCACACAGUUAACCCUUUGAUCGCCCCUCAUGUUAAUCCCUUCCUGCCCAGUGCCAUUAGUACAGUGUCAGUGUUUUUUGUUUUAGCACUGAUCACUGUAUUGGUGUCACUGGGGAUGUCAAUGACACCAAGUCAGUUCCCCCCAGUGUCAGAAUGUCCGCUGCAGUCCCACUUU